AUGGCUGAAGUGGAAAACCCAAUCUAUUCCGCCGCCAUCUACCUUCCUGUGCUCGCUUGUUUGGUUGUCUUGCUCGAUAUCCCUCCGCUGGUAUGGCACGUCCGCAACCGCAACCUUGGUGCCGCUGCCUUGGUCGGUUGGAUCAUCACCUACAACUUCAUCGCCUUCAUCAACGCUUUACUCUGGCCUCACAAUGAUCCGCGCUAUGGGUUCCACGGUUAUGUUGUCUGCGAUAUCGAGGUCUACGUCGUCGUUGCUGGCUGGACAGGCGUCUCCACUUCCCUGCUCUGCAUCAUGCGCAGCCUUGCCAAAGUCCUCGACACCAAGAACCAAGUUGUGACACCCCGUCGAGCCCAGCGCAUCCGCCAAUACCUCAUCGACGCUGCAACUUGCUGGGCUCUCCCCAUCAUCCAGCUUGGCAUGUUCGACGUGGUCAAGGUCUAUCGCUACUACAUCUAUGGGAUUAGCGGUUGCGUCCCAUCUCUCGAUACGAGCUGGGCCAGCGUUGCUCUGAUCUACUCUUGGCCGUUCGCCAUUGACCUCCUCUGUGCAUACUACGCUGUCCUCAUCAUGGUGCGCUUGCACCGCUAUCGCUCCGAGUUCUCGCGCCUCGUCCACUCACACAACACCACGCGUUCGCGCUUCCUGCGCCUCUUCAUUCUCUGCAUCCUAUUCCUUCUCGGCAUUCUCCCCGCCCAAACUAUCAUCCUAUGGCUCAACAUCCGCGCGCGAGCCUUGAGCUUCUCAUGGGCGCGUAACCACUUGCCCGAAAAUCGCUCCAAAAUUAUGCCCAUUAAGCCUUACGGUGCACUCCUCCCUGACCGCUGGACCAGCGUCGUCGGCGGCUUCCUCCUCUUCCUAUUCUUCGGCCUCGGCACCGACGCCACGAACAUGUACCGCUCGUGGGCCACCAAGCUGAAUCCCGCCCGCAUCUUCCGCCGCAACAACACACGACGUCGGACCGUCUUCUACACCACCACUGGCAGCAGCCCCGUCUCCCCUUCGGCCCACUCCAUGUUCAACUACAAGACGUACUUCAACUCCCGCCGCAGUAGCAGCAGCUCGGCCGGCAAAUCGCACGCCUCUAGGUCCCUCUGCAAGUCGCCGCUGAGUUUCUGGCGCGCGAGCAAUGCUGCCGGCGUCGCCACGUCCCCCACUACGGACUACAGCAGGGCCGGCAGCACCGCGCCCAUCCUGCCCCUUCACCAUCUCAACCUCCAUCGCAACCCGGAUGACGACAACAACGGCAACAAGGUGCGCACCCUGAGCAGCGCUUCCUCCGCGCCGACUAUCGACACUGCCAUCUCGACGACGCCGCUCAGCAAGACCAUCCGGAAAGCGAGCGCCGGCACGCUGGCUGAAUGUGACGACGAUGACGACGUUGCGUCAGUGAUCAGCUCGCCGAUGGAGGACGCUAAGGGAAGGGUAGAGGGCUUGGGGAUUAGGAUGGAUAUGGCGGGCCCGGGUACAGGAGCGUAG